GCCUUCCACUUGGCAAGGCUGCGUGCGAGUUUCAAGGUAAUUAUGUGAUUGGUCGUUGGGCCUUCCCCGAUACAGGAGUUUGGGGUAUCUGCAGCGGGGUUAUCAUGCUACAGAUCCAGGCCUUAAAAUCAAGACCAAAACACUGCGCAUUGAGCUUAUCAGGAGGUUCUCCCCUAACGUUGCCCCCUAUGGUGGCCCCGUCGGACUAAGCCGAGUCCAACGAAAGCCCGUUGCUUACCUGCGGGGUUGCUCCGAUACAAGCCGACGAAGUUUUGUUCCGGGGGAUGACAAUUGCGCCCUUCCGAAGAAAACCAUUUGUAUAUAGCAGCCCAGUUCCUCGUCACAGCGAUCCACGACGGUCCUGAUACUCGGGACUCACACUCCUUGAUCCGCUCGCGUGUUUGUACAAUCAUAUAGGACGCUCUUUUUUGUCAAUUGGCUAGUCCGAAGGGCAUCAAUUCAGCCAGCAUGUUACGACCACUUCUCCGGCGCUCUGGCGCCCUGAGUCCAGCAUCUAUGCAGGCUCCACGACUACUUCUGCGGCCAUGGCAGAGCGCAAGGCAGUAUAGCGUCAAGCUCGAGGCGGCGUCUGCGUCAAAACUGCGGGACAUUGACCCGUUGAAGCUCCACGUUACUCAGACGACGAAGCCGGGCGCCCUACAGAAGCCCGAGGACCUGGUAUUCGGCAAGACGUUCACAGACCACAUGAUCUCGAUCGAAUGGAACGCGACCGAAGGCUGGCUCGCGCCGCGCAUCAUCCCGUACCAGAACCUGUCUCUCGACCCGGCCUCGUGCGUCUUCCACUACGCCUUCGAGUGCUUCGAGGGCAUGAAGGCGUACAAGGACAAGGACGGCAAGAUCCGCCUGUUCCGCCCGCACAAGAACAUGGAGCGCUUCAACAAGUCCGCCGCCCGCAUCGCCCUGCCCACCUUCACGGGCCCGAACCUGGUCGACCUGAUCGCGCAGCUCGCCAAGCUCGAGUCGCGCUUCAUCCCCGACGCCCGCGGCUACUCGCUGUACCUGCGCCCCACCAUGAUCGGCACGCAGAAGACCCUGGGCGUCGGCGAGCCCGGCUCGGCCCUCCUGUACGUCAUCGCCAGCCCCGUGGGCCCUUACUACCCGACGGGCUUCAAGGCCGUGUCCCUCGAGGCGACCGACUACGCCGUGCGGGCCUGGCCCGGCGGCGUGGGCGACAAGAAGCUCGGCGCCAACUACGCGCCCUGCAUCGUGCCCCAGCGCGAGGCCAUGAGCCGCGGCUUCCAGCAGAACCUGUGGCUGUUCGGCGAGGAAGAGUUCGUCACUGAGGUCGGCACCAUGAACUUCUUCGUCGCCCUGGCGGACCGCGAGACGGGCCGGAAGGAGCUCGUCACCGCGCCCCUGGACGGCACCAUCCUCGAGGGCGUCACCCGGGACUCGGUGCUCUCCCUGGCGCGGGAGAAGCUCGCCCCCGAGGGCUGGACCGUCUCGGAGCGCAAGUACACCAUGGCGGACCUCGACGAGGCCGCGCGGGAGGGCCGCCUGAUUGAGGCCUUUGGCGCCGGCACCGCGGCCAUCGUGAGCCCCGUGCGGACUAUCAGCUGGAGGGGGAAGCUGAUCGACUGCGGCCUGCGCGAGAACGAGGAGUCCGGCGAGGUGGCCUCCAAGAUGAAGGCCUGGAUCGAGGCCCGGCAAUACGGCGACGAGGAGCACGAGUGGAGUUACGUCUGCUAGAAGGUGCUGCUUCACGGGGAGGCUGCUCGUUUCUUUUUGUCGUUUGCCCAGCUGGCACAUCGGGAUGAAUGAGGACUUAACUUACCCGGGUACCUAUUUAGAGAGCGUCGUUGCACUUGAUAUGUUCUGUAAUCUUUCGUUUCUAGUAUCAUUGGCGAAUAAGCUCAAUCCACAAAGACAGCCGGUUUUC